CAACAACCCUGACCACGCUGACCACCCUCGGCUGGCUAGCUGGCUGGCUGGCCGCUGACAGUGGCAUUAUGCGCGGGAGUUGGAGCCUAGGACAGAAGCUAGACCAGACCAUUCAUGAUAAAGCUUAUUAAUAUAAACAAGCCAACAGCUUCAGACUGUAGACGUCCUGUAUCUUCCCUCACAAGCAACAACAGAACGUCCUCUCCAUGUGGGCAAAGUUUAUAACUGCGCUCGGCUUCGGUGAGGGCGGCCGGACGGGUAUCGGCCGCCGCACCUCCGCGCCAGAGGGCGCCUCCUCGCCCCUGACGCGACAUGAGCGCAGCAUCGAUGAAAUGCGAGACUUUGAGCGAGAUCUUCGCAAGUUUGAGAAGCAUGUUCGAGACUACAAGGCAUCAACUGAAGUCUUCCUGGGCGGCUUCAGCGCCUUCCUGCGCGACUCCCAAUUGCCCCGACUGUACGACACCGUACCCGCAACCGCCGGCCCAACCGACAUCACAACCGCCACAACCGCUCCAACCGACGCCGACAGCACUUCCGCCGCCACCCCCGAAGGAGCCCCGUCCGCCCCGCCUGCCCCCUCUGCCUCCCCGCAUGGCCCCGGGGAGCAGCUGGUGGUGGUGGAGC